AUGUCCCUUUUACGCGAGGCGGAGAAGUGCAUAGCUAACCAGCAUGCUCAUAGCCUCAACGCCUUCAUAACCCUAUUGCCCCGUGCGGGUCAAUGGUUGGAUCGCGUGAAGGAGGCAGACCGGCGUCGGGAGCAAGGGAAAAAGAAAUCUAUCGUCGAUGGUCGUCUCAUUGCGAUCAAAGAUAAUAUUUGUACGCGCGAACUUCCGACUACCUGUGCCUCGGGCAUAUUGGACAAGUUCACUAGUCCGUUCAACGCGACCGUUGUCGAUCAACUGGAAGAUGCCGGAGCUAUUGUGGCCGGAAAGACCAACCUAGAUGAGUUUGGGAUGGGCUCGCACUCAACCCACUCGCUCUUUGGCCUGGUCAAGAACUUGCGACGCGACAAGGAUGACCAAGAUCUUUCCGCUGGCGGGAGUUCAGGUGGAAGUGCAGUGGCGGUUGCAGCUGAUCAAUGCUAUGCAGCACUCGGAACAGACACUGGAGGCUCUGUCCGACUCCCGGCGGCGUAUACUGGAGCAGUCGGUUUUAAACCUUCGUAUGGCCUGAUCUCGCGAUGGGGCGUCGUUGCUUAUGCCAACUCCUUGGAUACCGUUGGAGUCCUGGGGAGGAAUACUUCCAGUGUUCGGGAUGUAUUCUCAAUCCUCAACCGCUACGAUGAACGUGAUCCGACCAGCGUUUCCAGUCUAUCCAGAACACGCAUCAACUCACACCUUCAAACACCAAAGCUCGCUUCACGAUUAGUUUCAACUCCCCUCCGGAUCGGAGUGCCAUUGGAAUAUAACAUUUCCGAAUUAGCACCGUCAGUGCGACAAGCCUGGUUGAUGUCCCUGGCACAUUUGCAAGAACAAGGCCAUACCAUUCACCCUGUCUCCUUACCAGCUACCAAGCAUGCACUAUCGGCAUAUUACGUCCUUGCCCCAGCUGAGGCAUCCUCGAAUCUGUCCAAGUAUGACGGCGUGCGGUACGGCACUCGUCAUGGACCCGACAACGAUGGAACUCCCGAAGGCUACCUCUACUCCAAUACACGGGGUCGCGGAUUUGGUGCAGAGGUGCAGCGUCGCAUUCUCCUGGGAACUUUCAGUUUGAGCGCCGAUGCCAUGGACAAUUUCUUCAUCCAGGCACAGCGGGUACGCCGACUGGUCCAGCAAGACUUUGAUUUUGUAUUUCACGCCAAAAACCCCCUCGCUACCACCAAUCUAGACGUAGGCCGUCCUGAAUUGGAAAAUGUGGAUGUCCUCGUAUGUCCCACGGCGCCAUCCCCUCCACCCCGCCUAUCUGAUAUCACAGGCACUGCCGGCUCGCCCUUGAAUGCCUAUAUCAAUGAUGUGUUUACCGUCCCUGCCAGCCUAGCGGGCCUGCCUGCUAUCUCCGUGCCAGUCACUGUGACUGGAUCUAAUCAGGACUCCGAUGCGGAUGGGGUGGCCGGUAUCCAAGUAAUUGGCCAGUACGGAGAUGAUGAGCUGGUGAUGCAAGUUGGAGAGUUACUCGAAGGUCGCCAGUUUGACUCUUUAUAG